UUUUACUAGUGAAAGUGAGAGCGUUAUUACCAUAAAUUUCAAUAUGCAGCAACAUAAAGAGAAUGUUAUGAGAAGUAUGUGCGUUUAAACGAAUUUGUACCACUGUAUGCGUUAUAGUGAACGUUGAGAUUCUUUUGAGUCUUCGAACGUAAAAUGCUGCGAACAAUACUUGACGGUAAACUGGAGGACGGCAUCUGGCGGCAUCGCAUGAACUUCGAAUUGUACCAAGUAGGUGAGCAAGACCUAACGACUCUAAACGUUCAAGGUAGUUAUAGCUUUAUAGACAUCAAAGAACAUCAGUGCACUGUCUGUCAACCACAUGAAAACAAACAGAAGAAAGGAUUGUUCUUGCCAGCGGAACUUGCUAGACUAGUCCGAGAGCUUGAGCCGUCAGCACCAUGGGUGGAGUUCGUCGUUUGACCAACUGGCUGAAGUAUAAACUUGGUACUCUGGACGACGAAAGUGACUAUUUUCGUCAGAUGGAAUGGGCUCUUAUGAUAGCAGGCGUACAGUUACCGUCAGAAAAUCCCAACCACCACAAGUGGCUCUUCUGCUAUCGUGUCGCGAUUCUUUUCCAAUGUUGUAUCUGGUGCGAUCGUUUUUUUGUGGCCUGCACCGAGUGGAACUCCCCGGCUGAGCUGAUUGGAGUGUUUAGCUUCGUCUUGGCGCUGGUAAUGAUCAUCUCCAGGAUAAUUCUUAUGAGAGUGUACCUGAAGGAUAUCCAAAAAGUGCGGAGUUAUUUGGAAACUAUCCUGAAUAAAGAUUUGACGGAAGGCCGAGUUCGAUCAUAUCGCUUGAUACGCCGAAUCUUUCUGGUUUUGGAGUGGUUAUUUUUCUGUGAUCAAAUCAUACUCUACACAUUUGGCGUAUAUGAGGAACGACAGUACAGCGUUCCUGAUAAUAUAAGUCGACUGGGUCCACGCGUAAAACUGGCCUUCGAUAUCCUGAUUUGCAGUAACCAUAUUAUGCUUUCCUCGAUUUAUGCGGCGAUCCUGACGAUUCUGAAUACACUCAUCAUGGGUUUCUCUACCGAGCUGGAGAACGUCGUAUUCCAGUGUAAUGGAAUAUUUGAGCGCGUUAAUGACCAAAUGUCUGGUACUGUUAGUCUGAAUGAAAAAAUGGCAACAUCAAAGUUUUGGAACAUUUUUAGAACAGAAUUAAACAUGGUUGCGGCACGACACGCAGAGGUGAUAGAACAGUUUGCGACUGUGAGAACGUUGCUCAAAAUAAGUUUCCUGCUGAUUUUCUACACGGAGAUUGUGUUCAUCGGAUGUGCCUUAUUCUAUGUAAAAAUGCUCGGACUAACCAUGAAUACGGUCAUCGUUGUGAGCUAUGUAACGGCGAUCCUCAUGGAAUGCUAUUGGUUCUGCCGGUUAACGGAUAUCGUAAACGACACGAACCAUGCAAUUGGAUGUGCCCUGUACAAUCUGAACUGGCCGGAGAAGUUGCGUGAUAUGUCAAACUUACGCCAGGAGUAUCUGGAAAUCCGAGUCACCAUGCUGGUUAUCAUGACGAGGGCUCAGCAGAAACUGGGAAUUACCUGCGGAGGGAUGUUCGAAAUGUCCGUGGCAGCGUUCCACGAGUUGAUGAAGAUGAUCUACAGCUGUUUGAUGUUUCUGCUCAGUGUCACAACGUAGUGUUUUUCUUAGAAGCUCUUGCUCCCAUCUUAUUAUUCAUAUCUACAGGUCGACACGAAUGCCACUCUAGUGGUAAAGUGUCUUUAAUAAACUAAUAAUAAUAAUAAUAAUAAUAAUAUCUACAGGGGAUAGACAAAAUGAUCGGGACAGGCAAAAAUUUCACUUUUCAAAAAAUGUUCAACUAGCUGUAACUUUUCGAAAAGCGCAUCAAAUAUUCUCAAAUUUUCACUGUAAAUUCAUAUUACUAGUUGUGUAUUAGUGGUCCAAAUUUGGAAAAGAUCGGAAUAUUCUCCACGAAGUUAGAUCCUUGAAAAAGGUAUAAUUAACUGAUAGCCAACUUUGAGCUGUUAUAUCUCCGGAUUGAAUGAACCGAAUGCAGUGAAAUUUUGACCAUUUAUGACUCAUAUAAUGAACUCUGAAAAACGUUUGACUUAACUUAAAAUUUUUAUCAAGAGAAAAAGUUAUAGCGAUUUCAUUUAUUUUACGAUUUUUCAGUAAAUUGGUCUAUUUUUAAUGUGCAUCCCAUUACCUUUUCAAUUUAUUGGCGGCUAUGUUGUUACUUUCCUUCAAAACACAUUUAUAUAUAAGUCAAUCAGAGGGAAAUUAAAUGAACUAUAAUUUGCAUCUUGAAUUUUGAAACGAUGUUGAAGUUUU